GUAACAACAAAGUGACGUGGGAGUCCAGGGUUGGUACAGCGUGGCAGACACUAUUAUAACACUUACACCUCAUCUCUAGUCUCACCAUCACUGUGUCACCACUCACCAUUGCUCAUACUCUUAUCUUCUCUCACAAGUGGUGCUUACAUCAGUCAUCAAGGCCUUGUUAGCUCUCAGGAAUACCUAUACAGUUCGUUAAAGUGGUCCUCACACCAGUCAUCAGUAGUUCUUAUACGCAAAAAUGAAGUGGAUGAUAAGGAUGCUACUGAUGGUAGUCGGAAUGGUGUUAUUGAUAGCAGACACACGGAGUCAAGACAGCCAGUUGGCAGUGGUGGAGGCAGAUGAUGAUCAGGACCAAGAUAAUGAAGUAACUGUUGAAAGCUUUGAAUCAGAGAAGCCUAGUGACAUGAACAAAAUAUUCAUUCCUACCAGAGAAUGGCAAGUUAUAAAGCCUGAUCACGUGGUACUCCCAGGUCUCCAUAUAAGGAUGAACCUCCAAACAGGAUUGAAAGAAGCUAAGCUUUUGGAUGAUGAUGAUGGGUCAGAAUAUCUACAGUCUGUAGAGAGACUGCAGAAGUCAGAACACAAGAGUGUUACUGGAAUGACUGUUUCCGAUGUCUCUAACCCAGAGGAGGUUCCCAUUAAUGAAGAUGAUGAAGAUAGUCCAAGAUCUGCAUUUAUGAGAGAGACCAUCAUUGAAGCUCUUAAAAAUAUCAGGAACGAUGAUGGUUUGACCUCAGAGGACCAUAAAGAAGCAGCAAAGUCCCAGGGAAAGUUUCGUUCAUAUAAAGAAUUAAAAAAAGAUUUUGAUGAGUUGAAUCUUACCGUGGAAACAGAUUUUGAUAUAUUAUCAAAAUUAAUGAAACGGUACCAAAUAUCGGAUUCAGAUGAUAUUCGUACCAGUGUUCUUGAAGAUUUGGAAUACCUUGUUCAUCAGUUUGACAAUGCCAUCAAUUUUGUUGAUAUGGGUGGACUCCAACAGAUUGUAGUAACAGCAAUAAAUUCCAGCAGUAGUUCUAUUAAACAAAGUGCUCUUCAUCUGUUGGGGUCAGCAGUUCAAAGUAAUCCAAAAGUUCAAAUUGCUGCAGUCGAGGCUGGCUUGGUUCAGUCACUCAUCCGUAUAGUUGCCUAUGAUUCACAGGACGGUGUUGCACGGAAGGCUUUGUUUGCAUUAUCAUGUUUAGUAAGAGGAUUUCCCUAUGGUCAGCAAAUAUUAGUGCAACAUGGGGGACUGGAGGUCUUGCGCAAAGUGUUUGACAGAAGAGACUUUCGAACUUUACCUCUCCAGCUUAAGGUGGUAUCUCUUCUGCAUGACCUUUUAGUGGAGCGAGAGGAAGCAGAAGGUGAAAGACUACAGCAGCUUCUCCGCCUCAACAUAUAUGAGCAACUUGCAACAGGAGGGUGGUGUCCAGCAGUAUCUUCACUACUAGCAGCUGCCUCCUUUGACCGGCGGGAUCGGCGCUAUGACAUGGGUGCGGCAUUAAGGAAUGAAAUGCCACUGAGACCGGAUCAUGAUACGGUGGACAAAGUUAUAGCAGCUAUGGGCAGUAUGGUCAAUGUUUGUCGCUACCAGUUCUACGAUGCUCUACCUCUGCUGAGACACCUAGCUCAUACCUACGAUGAUUUGGCAUACAAGGAGCAGUUUCAAGACAAUGAUGAUGGGGGUCAAGCAUUAUUCAGGAGUCUUGCUGAUAUGAUCCAAAGACUUGUGAAGAAUAUAGGCCAAAGGAGUGAAUUAUAAACUCAAAAAUUGAUCAGUUUUGAAAGUACAAAAAAAUGCCUGAAAAUUUUGUUUUUGUAGAAGCAAAUGGCUUCUGUUACUGAGGAGUUCCUAUUGGUAUACCAAUGUUAAGCUACAAAAGCACAAAAGUAUGCCAUUCCUGCUUCAUCUGUAGCUAUCUAGAAGUUUAAUUUAUCAUCCAAAAGAGCAAUUUGUUAACGUAAACCACUAACAUUUUUACGUAUUCUUGCUCUCCAAGGUCAAGUGUACAUAGAUUUGUGAUGCCCAUGGUUAAGUAGCAUCUCAAUUUAAUACCUGCAACACAUCUACAGUUGAUUUUUCCUCAACUGGACAGGUGUGCAUGAUGCAUGGAAGGUUGAAUUUGACUGUUCUUGAUAGUUACAUAAGCUAGCCAAAAUACACACUUGACAAAUCAUUAACAUGUGCUGGUAAUGAAAGCCGUUUGAUCAUGAAGGCACACGAUAUUUUUGGAUUUUUUCAAAUGCUUUUUUGUAUUAUUCAUGUGCGAGUAUUAACACUAAGAACAGAAGGUGUUCACCUUUUAAUGAUCAGUUACAUGUAACACUUGUGCAAACAGCAUGUUUAUGAUGGAAAAUAUAUCUUCAGAGUCCUCUGCUGCCUCAUAAAGCUCUUUCAUAUG